AAACAUUUUUGUUUACCGUAGUCUGUAGUGAAAGUCGAUGUGUACUGGGUUAUCCGAUAGGAAGUUGUCAAAUGCGAGCAGGUUUACAAAUUAUUUUACAUUUUUUAAGGUCUAUCUUCGUUUGUGAAACUUGUUCAGAAAUGAGUGACAAUAAUGAGCACGAAAUGGUAGAAUCUCCUUUAAAGGAAACCAUGACUUUAUUAAGUAGAACGCCAAAGGGACAAAUAGUAUAUGACCGUGAUCCUUUGGAACCUAUCAAACAAUCAACGUCCAAUAGUAAAUCCGGUGUCCUUUUGUCAGAGAAUAUUUUUGGCCGAAACCCUGCUCAUUCACCAGAAAAGUCAAUUGAUAGUCAAUACUUUCAGCAUCAGUACUCUGUACAUCAUCCACAUCCUGGUUUGAAUAACAGACCUAACUUGUUAAUGGAUAUUCCAGUACAGCAUACUGAAAAAAGCAUCAAUCAGUUUAAAUGGCAACAAGAACUCUUAAUGAUGCGCAAUACUAAUCAGCUAGAUGAAACAACACCAGUCUAUAACUUGAGCAAUCAUGGGAUUAUGCAACUGUUUGAGCUAAGAGAGCAACAGCGUUUGUCAACAGCAACUAGCUUCAUGAAAAAAAUAGAGGAUUUCAAAGAAGUUUCUCGGAGAAGUGAUGAAGAGGAAUGUCUACGGAUGAAGCAAGAACUUGAAGAAAGACUAGUGCCAAAACGAGAGUCACAGGUAGAUGUUGAAAUGAUCAUCCAACGCCUUCAAGUUGAAGCAAGGAAACGAUUUCAACAAGAAGAAGAUCAAAUUGAUCAAAAACUAAAAGAAAUAACGUCGAUUCAAGAAAAAGAGUUGCAGGAAGAUAUGAAGAAGAAGACGUUAGAGUUGCACAUAGCGGAAGCAAAACGACGGAAAGGAAUAAGUUCUAGUAAAUUGGAAUCGCUACUGAAAUUUCUUGAUGAGUCCGUAACCUCAUGCCAGGAAAGGGAUUCUUUUCUUCAGACUGUUCAAAUGAAACUCGACCGCGUAACUGCUUUAAAAACUCAGUUUCAGGUUGUUGUGAACAAUGUAAACCAUGAAGAUCCCCUGAACAGCGCGAUACGCAGUGAAAAUAUCGUUAAACAGAUUGAAGAUCUUGUUGAAGUCAUCAGAGAUGAUAUUGCGAAAAAUAAUGCCAUCGUUGAAGAGAAAAAUGUUUUGUCUAAGCGUCAGCAGCCACAGUCCGCCUUACCUUCUUCAGCAGUAAUGCCAAUUACCUCUUCUGCGGUAAAGCAAGAACAUCGAAAUGAUCAACUAGGCUGUCUUGAGAAGAAGACCUGUGACUCGAACGGAGGAGAUGAGGACCUUGAUUUCGUUAGAAGGGAAGAUUUGGUAGUGUAUUCACAACUGCAAGCUGAACUUCGCCAGUAUGAAGCCAACACUGUGGCCUUUUCCGGUGAUUUGUCACUGAAGACAUUGAGAUUCGAAUUACAAAAAGCCGUUCUUCAUCCUGUCAACGAAAUAUCAGACCAGUCUGGACAGCACCUUCAGGAUAAGCUCGACAGACUCAGAAGCCUCUUGCAAGGUAACGCUGUGCAUGUUGGUUCAAGAAUGGUAAGGGCUACUGAGCAUCCUGGAGGAUUAGAAUAUUGUACUAACUUGCUGGCGAGAAGAUUGGUGGCUCAAGGAGAGGAUCAAGUGAAUGUUAAUCCAAAGGCAGCUUUUCCAAUUGCUGCCAUAAUUACCGAACUUUGGUUAGAAUUUCCUGUUUUUGGUCGCUUGGUACUUGCCCAUUUUUAUCGCCAAUGUCCGUACCUUGUCCCAUAUUAUUUACCCCAGCAAGAAGGUCAAAGCAAUGAAGACUACUAUAAGUCUUUAGGGUACAGGUACAGUAGUGGAAAAGUGGAGCAACAACCGACGUAUCUGAAAAGAAUGUCGGGGGUUGUACGUCUGUAUGCGGCCGUUUUAAUUAGUUUACCAAGACGCAAUCAACCUCAUCCUCAUGGGUUAGAACAUGCCUGGAGAUACCUAGCCGCUCUUCUCAAUUUAUCACCGCGCAACGAUAUUACUGCCGCUAUUUUGGUUGAAUUCUUAACUGUAGCCGGUUAUGCAAUGUCAAAAGAGUACGGUAAACAGUUCCAGAAAUUGCUUCAUCUGAUCUGCACCGAAUAUUUUACCAUGAUCCGAAACGUUACCCCCAAAGGUUCAGGAGGAGGUCCAGUUACUCGACUUGAAGAAUUUCUACAUGAAUCUAUCACAAAAGGAGGCAUUUCACCGCCCGCCGGACAACUUUCCCCCCGAUUUUGGUAGAAUAAAUUAACUUAUAUUCUGUAUGUAAAUUUUUUCUGAAUGCCAUAGUGUUUCUGUGUAAUUCCAUUGCUGUGCUGUUUACACAUAUCAAAAAGGAAAAAAAAAAACAGCUAUUCACGUGUUUUUGAGCUGCUACUCAACCACCUUAGUCUUUGUGUAUGAUGUUACUAUAAAC